CUCACCGCCUUCGUUGUUUCUUUCCUUCCUCCCCACUUCCUCUUCCUUCUCUGUUCCCGGUUCGCCCGAGCCCAAAACCCUAGUCUGAACUAUACCUUACCGAUGUCGGACGUCACCGCCGACUCGCCGCCGCGCCAGCGCCCGCCGCCUCCGCCGUCGCCGUCGCUGUCCCAGCAGCAGACGCGUGGCCGCCAGCCGCCCCCUCCCGGCUCUGACCCCCUCGCUCUCGGCGUCAUCGUCUUCAUCGCCGUCUGCUUCCUCCUGGUUUCGAUCUCAGCACCAUCCAGCAUUUUACAUCAAGUUCCUGAAGGACACGUCGGGGUAUACUGGAGAGGGGGUGCUCUUUUGAAGGCCAUCACUUCUCCAGGUUAUCAUCUGAAGCUGCCUUUGAUCACCCAGUUUGAGCCAAUACAGGUGACACUCCAAACAGACCAGGUCAAAGGUAUUCCUUGUGGAACAAAAGGUGGUGUCAUGAUCAGCUUUGAUAAGAUAGAGGUUGUCAAUCGUCUCAGUAAAGACUUUGUUUAUGACACCUUACUCAAUUAUGGUGUGCAUUAUGAUAAGACAUGGAUAUAUGACAAAAUUCAUCAUGAGAUAAACCAGUUCUGCAGUGCUCACAGUUUGCAGCAAGUUUACAUUGACAUGUUUGAUCAGAUUGAUGAAACAAUGAAAGAAGCUAUCCAAAGGGACUGCACACGUUAUGCUCCUGGAAUUGAAAUUAUCAGUGUUCGUGUUACAAAGCCGAACAUACCAAGUAGUAUUAGGAGAAAUUUUGAACUUAUGGAGGAGGAGCGUACAAAGGCGCUGAUCGCUAUGGAAAGACAAAAGGUGGCGGAAAAGGAGGCAGAAACUCAGAAGAAGAUCGCACUAUCUGAAGCAGAAAAGAAUGCACUGGUGAGCAAGAUCCUCAUGCAACAGAUGCUGACGGAGAAGGACAGUUCCAAAAGGCAGCAGCAGAUUGAUAAUGAAAUGUUUCUUGCUCGAGAGAGAGCCCUGACAGAUGCAAACUAUUACAGGAUCACAAAGGAAGCAGAGGCCAACAAACUCAAACUUACUCCUGCAUAUCUUGAGCUGAGGUUCAUUGAAUCGAUUGCCAAUAACUCAAAGAUUUUCUUUGGUGAAAAGAUCCCAAACAUGAUUAUGGAUCAAAGGAUGAUUCGGAAUUACCUUGAUCCUGCUUCAGGCAAGGACCGUUUAGAAAUAUAGUGGUGUCUUCUGUGAAUUUGAAGGACCAUUGGAAAGUUGCAUGUUCACUAUUCAUGUGCCCUGUCAGGCACAUCUAACGUCCUUGUAAUAUUUGGCUGUAUUAGUACUACUCCGUUCAGCAUAUUAGCUGGAACAAUCUGCACGUCCUUUUGAUCUGUAAGAAAUGGAGAGCUCUUAACUGGGAUGCGAUGCAACUGAUAGUCUGCAGAACUGAAAGCUUGCCCAGGUUGGCUUGACAGAAAUACAAGGUUGUUUGCUUCAUCAAGAUUCGGGAUGGAAAGAAUACACAAUCCAGGGUUUU